AUGAUUUCCAAAACACAAGAGCCGUUCAGGAUAGCCGUAGUUGGUGGAGGCAUAGGCGGUCUAUUCUGCACAUUAGCCAUCCACCAUCAUUGUACCGAAGCUGGUGUACCAGUCCAUAUUGACGUCUACGAGCAGGCCAGUCAAUAUAAAGAGAUAGGAGCAGGAGUGGGACUCGGCAUCAAUGCGGCUCGUCUGAUACACAAGUUGGGCAUUGGAGAACGACUCAAUUCCUUUGCUGGGUACCGAACGGGCGUUUGGAUCACGUUCAGGAGAUAUGAUAACAGUGGUGAGAUUGUGACGAUCCCGGUGAACGACAAUGAGACAAUACGACAGGCGCCAUGCGCAAGGUCGGAUCUGCUAGAUAUGCUGAGGAGCGUAGUGGAAGAGCGGAAGGCAGCUACGUUACAUACCAGCAAGAAGUGUAUGAAGGUCGAUGACCUUGGACAGACUGUGCGUCUACACUUCGCAGACUCCUCGGUGGCAGAAGCGAAUCUGGUCAUAGGUUGCGACGGCAUCCACUCUGCACUACGUAACCAGUUCGUCGUGGACAAACCGAUCUUCUCUGGCCAGAUCGCCUACAGAGGAGUCAUACCAAUAGCCUCUCUACCCUCCUGGCCCUUCGAGAGCUACAGCGUCCUCUGGUCCGCUAAGCACCGCCAUUUUCUCGUCUUUCCGAUCGCUCGAAACGAACAACUCAACAUCGUCGCCUUCGUCACGAAGCCCGAAAACGAAGUAGCAGAUGUCAAGGAGAGCUGGACGUCUGUAUGCGAUCGCAAGGAUGUCUACGCUGACUUCGCCGGCUUCGACAAGCCAGUACAAGAGAUUAUUGAUCUGAUGCCGGAACAGCCAUCGAAGUGGCGUCUGAACGAUCGCGAGCCGCUCAAUCGAUGGCAUUACUUCGAUGGCAAAGUCAUGCUUCUCGGCGAUGCUUCACACGCCAUGCUACCGCAUCUAGGUGCUGGAGCCGGUCAGUCUAUGGAAGAUGGCUGGGUGCUUGGUCGUGCACUUAGCGAGCACCUCUCAGGCAGCACUAAACGCCAUUUCGCCUCUCUCGAAACCACGGCACAGCUCUACCAGGAUGUGCGUCUACCUCGCGCGCAGAAGACACAGGCGACGUCGCGAGCGGCGGGCAAUACGUAUGAGAUGCAGGCGCCGGAUAUGCUUGACUUGGGCUUUGAGGAGUGUAUUCCUCUCAUUGCCAAGAGGACGGCGGAGCGCAUGAAGUGGGUGUGGGAGGAAGAUCUCGAUGCGAUCUAUGAGCGUGCUCGUGACGGUGAGGCCCAGAAGAUCUCUGAGGCUACGACUAAGCAAUCAGUCGACGCCGGUGCUAUUCCUACUGGUCAAGGCGAGGCUAUCGCUGCUAAGUAG